GUGAUGUUAUGACGCAGUCUUCACUGCUGCACUGCGCGGUCGCACAAAGCCAAGAUCCCGCCUGCUCUUGCCGAGCCGUCGGAUCAAGGAGACCAAAUCGGCAGGUCAGGCGUGUUCUCUCGAACACUGAAGGUUCUCUUUUCCUCAUUCCAUAUCUCGCUCCAGGUUCCUUCCUCCAGUUCUUCCAGAGCAUUGAGCGCUGACUUCCAACACGCGUUCCCUGUUUCCCAGGACCCCUCAGCGCACCAUGUUUGUGCUCAGGAAUGUGGGCAAGCUUCUGUUUGGCUCCAGCAACCAGGAGUCCAUGAUUGAGCUGCCGCAGGGUCAACUUUAUCUUGUCCGACCGCUCUCGCCCAAGGGAUACUCCGAACUUAUUUUCAAGGACGCAUCGGCGCGAAUCCGACGAACCGCACAAGACUUCCAGUACCAACUUGUCGUUCAGCGGGUCUACGAAGAAGGAGAGGCCGAACUACUUGCCGAAGAGGAGGGUGAGGACGCUGAGGCGGACGCGGACGUUCUUGCUGGCGAGCGCGACGAGAAGACAUUUCUUCUUGACGAGGCCCUCCACUUCCGUGUCGAGAACCGGGAAGGCAGCGAGAGGGUUCUCGCCUGGCGGGACUUGAGCGGAGACGCGGGCGACGUGUACGAGUUCGUCUGUGACUCCAGCAUAUCUCCAUCCCAGGUCAAGGAGUUUGAGCUCGUCGCGCGCCAGUGCCAGUACGAGCGCAAAUACCGGAAACCGCACACCACAGCCUCGGAGGAAGAUCUUCUGCAGUUUGAGUUUGACGAGCAACCGAUUCCGCAAGCGAGCCCCGUGCACAGCCCCACGCUCGUGCGAUCGAUCGAUCCCUCCGACUCGAUGGUUCUCGGCAAACCCUCGGCCAAUACCGGCGCCAAGCGAGAUAUGGCUGCUCAGCCAGACCUCACGCCCACCAAAACGGGCAAGUCUAGGGCCAUGAAGCCCCCAGCAGUGGCUGCCCAUCCGGAGGCGCGUGAGAUUUUGGCCGCGGAGGUUGCUGAACUCCACUUCUUCGACUUCCCUUCGGGCACAUUCAUCCUUCAGGAUCCGUCCGUGACCGCGACAGUUACAGAGAUCGGCGAUUGGCAAUACUGGCUCCAGGUCAAGAGCGCGGACCGGGAUUGGCUGGGCAUCUCCGUGGUCGCUGACAUCAACCCCGUCUUCAACUUCGAGUUCCUCUCCUUCAUCUUCAACCAAUUCACCGACGACGGAUCGGCCUACUCCUGGCUCCUCCGGUUCAAGGAUCAAGCGGUGCUCGAGCGCUUCCAGAAUGGUCUCCUACAAGCUCUGUGGGAGCAGUUGAACGAGAUGAAGUGGUCCAAGAUCAAGGAUAAGGAUCGCGACUACGUGGCUGAUGCUUUCAACGACUUGACAAUGGAAGAUUCCGAGCGGCCCGAGGACGAGGAGGAAGAGGAGCGCGUUGAGGAGGAAGAAGAGGAAGAGGAUGACCGCGCGCGAAGCGAGCACUACGACAGCGACGAAGAGGCCGAUGAUGUCGAGUACAAGCCGAAGGAUGGGGAUGUCAACAAGCAGCUCGCUGUUGGCUACAAGCACGACCGGUCAUUCGUGGUUCGCGGCUCCAAGAUUGGCGUGUUCAAGCAUACUCCCAACAACCAUCUCGAAUUCAGCACCAACAUCUCGAAGGUGGAGACUCCGAGGGGCGAGCUGUUCUCACCCAAGAAGGUAAUGCUGCACAACGAAGACCGGAACCUCAUCUUGCAGAAGGACUCGGAGCCGAACAAGCUUUACCGCAUGGAUCUCGAAUACGGUAAAGUCGUUGACGAGUGGACUGUUCACGAGGAUAUCCCGGUCGUGACGUUCGCGCCUGAGAACAAGUUCGCCCAAAUGACCCAUGAGCCGACAUUCCUCGGCAUCAGCAAGAACGCUCUCUACCGCGUGGAUCCUCGGCUGUCGGGCAGCAAGUUGGUCGAAUCUCAGCUCAAACAAUACGCGAGCAAGAACGAUUUUUCCGCCAUUGCGACGACGGAGAAGGGGUACAUCGCCGUCGCCUCUGACAAGGGCGAUGUCCGUCUCUUUGACCGCCUCGGAAUCAACGCCAAGACGCAUAUUCCCGCGCUCGGCGAGCCCAUCAUCGGCCUGGAUGUUUCCGCUGACGGCCGCUGGGUUCUGGCAACCUGCCGGACCUACCUGCUUCUCAUCGACGCGCUGCAAAAGUCGGGAAAGAACGAAGGCAAGUUGGGCUUCGAGAGGUCGUUUGCCGCCGACGCCAAGCCACAGCCGCGCCGUCUCGCUCUCACCCCCGAGCACGUCGCGCAGUUCGCCUACGAGACAGGAAAGGGCAUAAGCUUCACGCCGGCCAAGUUCAAUACCGGCGAGGGCGCCGAAGAGACCAGCAUCAUCACCGCCACCGGGCCCUAUAUUAUUGAGUGGAGCCUGAAAAAGGUCCUGACCGGGCGCAAGGCACCUUACCUGAUCAAGCGCUACACGGACGACGUCAAGGCCGACGACUUCAAGUUCGGCACCGACAAGAAUGUCAUUGUGGCCUUGCCGCACGAGGUCAACAUGGUCAACCACGCCCGUCUCAAGCGGCCGACGCGGGAGAGCAUCGCUGGGGACUUUGGCAUUGCCGGCCGCAGGGGCUCGGGGCGCAUUGGGACGCCUGCGAGCGGACGGUACAAGCUGGGGAAGGACGACAUUGUGAAGGAGGCGUAUUAAGCGGCAUUGGCGCGAUGGGUGGGUGGCUCUUUGGCGGGUGGCUAAGGUCUUUUUGCUCUAUCGGCAGUGACGGAUUCUUCUUUUCUCGGUGGCUGCAGCUGUCACCCCUUUUCCGGACGCCUUACACGACCCUCCAGUCCACUGCCCUUUUCCGGUUUCCCAACACAGGAGUUCCAUGGUAUUACCCCGUCUCGUCUUGUGGGAGAGCUGGUUAGCUCAUUAGGUUGAUACCUCUUCCAAUUCAUCCUCGCUGUGUGUCUUUUCUCCUCGCACUCGUCAGUUCUCUGCGAAGCAAAA